UUCAGCCUGAGAGUGGAGAGCUGAGAGAGGAACAGAGAGAGGGAGAGAUAGAGGGGGAAAGAGGGGAGGAAAGGAAAAAGUAAGGCUAGGAAAGAAGGUAAGGGAAGACACAGGACAGAGAGAAAGAAAAAAAGAAGAAAAGAAAAGCUUAAAUACAGAAAAAGAAAGAACGAAAGCAGGGAAAAGAGAAGAGAGUGAGAGAAGUUAAGGGAGGAGGAAAUAAACAAAAGGGAAAAGUGAAAGGAAGAGAGGGUGAGGAAAAGAAAAGGUAAGGUAAGGCUAGGGAAAAACGGAAGAUAGCACAGGACAGAAAGAAAGAAAACGAGAAGAGAGGAGAAGGUUAAAGACAAAUGCAGAGGAAAUAGACACAAGGAAAAAGUGAAAAAGGGAGGAAAAAAGAAAGAAUAGGAGAGAGAGACAGAGAGGAAAGAGAGAGGCAGAUGAGUAAAGAAGCUGCAGCCUCCAGCAUUCAGGCUGGGAGUAGAGAUCAGCCGGACAGAGGAGAUGAAGAUGAUGGUGAAACUACACCACUACUGGCUCAGGGUGCCUCUAGAGGGGCCUCCUUUGCUUCCUCUGUGUUCAACCUGAUGAAUGCCAUAAUGGGCAGUGGCAUCCUGGGUCUAGCAUAUGCCAUGGCCAACACGGGCAUCGUCGGCUUCAGUGUUUUGUUGUUGCUGGUGUCCAGUUUGGCCUCCUAUUCCAUCCACAUCCUCCUCACCCUGUGUGAUCAGACAGGGUUGAAGUCAUAUGAAGGUCUGGGGGAAAUAGCUUUCCAAAAAGCUGGGAAGGUUCUUGUAGCUUCUACUAUUUUGAUCCAGAAUAUUGGUGCGAUGGCCUCCUACAUGUUCAUCUUAAAGUCUGAACUUCCAGCCACCAUCCACAGCUUCCUGAGAACAGAGGCCUCUGGUUUGUGGUAUGAAGACGGUGGAAUUCUGUUGAUUCUGGUCACGGUGUGUGUGGUGCUACCUCUCGCCCUCCUGCCAAAGAUAGGUUUCCUUGGUUACACCAGCAGCCUGUCGUUUUUCUUCAUGUUGUUCUUCGCUGUAGUGGUUGUGGUGAAGAAGUGGUCCAUUCCCUGUCCUUUACCCGUCAACUCCACUCUCAGCCUGCAAAUGUCUUCUCCAACUCCAUCCUCCAACUUCUCCGGCUCAGACUGCACGGCUCAUCUCUUUGUCUUCUCUAGUAAGAGUGCCUACGCCAUUCCCACCAUGGCAUUCUCCUUCUUGUGCCACACUGCCAUUCUGCCCAUUUACUGUGAACUCCACCGGCCCACUAAGCGGAGGAUGCAGAAUGUGGCGAAUGUCAGCAUCUCUCUUAGUUUCUUGGUGUAUUUGGUGUCUGCUCUGUUCGGCUACCUCACCUUUUAUGCUCAGGUGGAGUCUCAGCUGUUGCUAGGAUACGAUGCCUACCUGCCACAUGACGUCCUGGUGACAGUGGUCCGCUUGUUCAUCUUGCUGGCUGUGCUGCUCACAGUGCCUCUUAUACACUUCCCGGCCCGUAAAGCAGUGUUAAUGUUGUUUUUGGGUGAGAGGAGGUUCUCCUGGAUUGCUCACUGUCUCUCCACCUUCCUCCUCCUCCUGGUGGUGGUGCUGCUGGCUGAAUAUGUUCCAGAUAUUAGAAAUGUUUUUGGAGUUGUGGGCUCCACUACCUCCACCUGUUUACUGUUUGUGUAUCCUGGUUUGUUUUACCUGCGGAUCAAUUCUCAUGACAUCAGGUCCUGCAGUUCAACUAAGGCGGGAGCCCUGGUGGUGUUUGGUGUGUUCGUGGGUUUGCUGAGCCUCUGUAUCAUCAUCCUCUCAUGGGCACAAAUGUCCUUCUGACCUUUUCUCCAGCUGUUGGUGUUCUUCAACAUUUCUAACUGUUCCCCUCUGUUUUCACAAAUCCAACUUAAUGAGGGACGUGUUAAACACACACAUAGACAGGGGUGCUGUUAUUACUGUAACACAGGUUACACAUUCUGACCAAGCAUUUUUCAGGACCUGACGUAUAAUAAAGGAAAAGCUGCAGGACACACAGAAAUACACUUGUAAAAUAUAAUUUCAUAUGUACUGUGGAAUUAUGGGAAUAUGUGGACCAGUUCUUAUGUUAUGUGUUGAUACAUACAACUGUUCUCAGUUGUGAAAAUGCACUUUAUUUCAUUCUUUGUAUAGUGCGGAAACAAUCAGGGACCUCUUGGAAAGAUUGAAACCGUGCCUUACCAUGUGGAAAGAUGCCUGUACUUGUCUUAUAGCUGCUCAUAUUUUGAUAUAAAAGUGCAAUAAUUUAUAACAAUCCUUUUCAGGUACCCAACACUAGCCUUUUACACCACAGAACCUUCCCACUGCACCUUAAACACCAAAGAUACACUGCUCUGUGAACUCCUUAUAUUUUACAAUAUAAUAUAGCACAAUAAAAAUUAGUUCUCUCAGUCUGCAAUGUGAGUAACAUCCUACAAAUCAUCCCCUACGCACAAACCCAUCUCCCUCUCACAAUUACUGUUCUGACUUUGUUUCUUUGUGUGUAAUGUAAUUUUGUUAUAUGGAGUUUUACAUGUAUAAACAAACUUAUUGACCACUGA